UUAUCUGUUGUACUCACUUGUUCUAGUUGUAUUAUUGACAAUCAAAAAUAUUUAUCUGUCUAUUUCUUUAAUAUUUUAUUAAAAAACUUUAGUUAUAUGGAUUAAAAUAAAUACUUAGACAAAUCAGCACUGAAAAAUAUGCAUAGAUGUAACUUUCUUUAGCCUAAAUUGUAAUCUAUUUAUUGUUUCAAAAUCUCGAAUUACGUAUUUAUCUAUCAUUGCUGUGUUCGUCACUAAUUUAAUUGUAAAUAUUAGUCGUAAUUUUCAUUAGUAUCAUGUCUACAACCGGUAGUACAUAUAAUUUCAAGGUAGUAUUGUUAGGCGAGGGUUGUGUUGGAAAAACAUCUUUGUUACUUCGAUACAUUGAAGAUAAAUUUAAUGAUAAACACCUUACUACGCUACAGGCUACUUUUCUAAAUAAAAAAAUAAACAUCAAUGGUAAACGGAUCAAUCUUUCUAUUUGGGACACAGCUGGUCAAGAAAAAUUUCAUGCACUAGGGCCAAUUUAUUAUAGAAAUUCAAAUGGAGCUAUACUCGUUUACGACAUUACUGAUGAAGACUCCUUUGGAAAGGUAAAAAAUUGGGUUAAAGAACUGAAAAAAAUGUUGGGCUCCAAUAUUGUUCUCAUCAUUGCAGGAAAUAAAAUAGAUUUGGAACAUGAAAGAACUGUGCCAUUAGAAGAAGCAGAAAGCUAUGCUAACAUGGUUGGUGCAAAACAUUAUUAUACAUCAGCAAAACUAAAUCAAGGAGUUGAAGACUUGUUUUUGGACAUGACCCGAGAAAUGCUGGAGAAACAUGAAAGCAAUUCUCAAACUGAAGUUAGUAGGACAUCAAGGGUGCUAGUUGUUGAUGAUGAGGCACCUGUACAGUCAUCAUGUUGUUCUGGUACACGAAGUAACUGAAUUGAUUUGAAUAUUUUGUUUAAUUUAUUCCAUAUUCAUAAUUAAUCUAUCAAUGUAUAAUAUUGUUAUCACGUUUCUAUUGAGUUUACUUAAUGUAUUUUGUUUAAGGAUGAGGCUACCUAAUUACUUGCCUACAUGGCGAAUUUAAUUCGAUACAUAGAACUGUAACAAUGUAAAAAAUAAUAAUAAUAAUAAAAUUACUAAACACAA